AUGCCACACGCUGCAAGAUGGGUGGGCUCACCCUCGAUCAAGGGCCGGACGGAGUCGAUGCGGAUGGCCCUUUUGACAUUUAGUUUGCUGGGACUCCAAUUUACCUGGGGCAUUGAGAUGACCUACUGCACACCGUACCUCCUCCAGUUGGGGCUAACUAAAUCGCGAACGUCCCUCGUCUGGAUUGCUGGACCUCUCUCGGGUCUCAUAAUACAACCUCUUAUUGGAGUCAUCGCCGAUAGGUCUCGGUCGAAAUGGGGACGACGAAGGCCGUUUAUGAUCGCGGGCUCGUUUGUCGUCACACUGUGCCUGAUAGUGCUAGGGUGGACAACGGAGAUCGUUAAUAUGUUCGUUACGGAUACAGAGAAGGUUUCGAGUGUGACAAUUGCUCUUGCUGUACUCAGCAUUUACGCCGUGGACUUUGCCAUCAAUGUCGUCCAGGCGUGUGCGCGCAGCUUGAUUGUCGAUACAUUGCCCAUUCCUUCACAGCAAGCCGGGUCAGCCUGGGCUACUAGGAUGUCGGCUGUUGGUCAGUUAAUUGGAUAUGUGAUUGGGUCCAUUGACACUGUCAGCGUCUUUGGUACCUCCAUUGGCGACACUCAAUUCAAGCAAAUGACGGUUAUUGCUGCGCUAGCUCUCCUGGUGGCAGUAACAGUAACAUCGUACUCUGUGAAAGAGAGAGUCCUGAUUACACCUAGAGAUUCCGACGAAAAGGCUGGAGCUUUCCAAGUGCUGUCACAGUUGCUCAAAACCACUAUGGAUCUGCCCCCACGAAUCCAAGCCAUUUGCUGGGCUCAGUUUUGGGCGUGGAUUGGCUGGUUUCCUUUUCUCUUCUAUUCCACGACAUGGGUUGGUGAGACCUACUUCCGGUACGAAGUCUCCAAAGAAGCAGCUCGUCCCGCGGACAUGCUCGGAGAAGUCGGCCGUGUCGGUAGUCUUUCGCUAGUUGUUUUCUCGUCCAUCACAUUCAUUAGCUCUAUACUUCUCCCAUUUUGUGUCCAACCACCAGAUACAAAACGCCCUCGAUUCACACCUCGUCCUCCUCCCGGCCUAGCAGCCUUCCUCAGCAAAAUCACGAAAAUACGCCCGGACCUCCAAACGACUUGGCUCAUUUCCCACAUCGUCUUUGCCGCCACCAUGAUCUUCGCGCCUCUAGCCCGUUCCCGCGCAUUCGCAACCUUUCUUGUCGCCAUCUGUGGCAUCCCCUGGGCCGUCAGCAGUUGGGCUCCUUUCGCCUUCAUGGGCGUUGAAAUCAACCGCCUUGCCAUGAAUCCCGUCCAAGCAUCGCGCCUUUCCGGCGUAACGAUGAUCACCUCCACUACUAUCCGCUCAAAUGCUUACAACAACGACCUGAACGCCACUGACUCCGAAAUGGACGUCCUCCGCUUAAACCACCAUGAUCCAGACAGCGACAGUGACACAGAAGAUGGGAUGUCGAAUAUACCCUCCACAGGCGAGCUAGCGGGUAUUUACCUCGGUGUUCUCAACGUCUACACAACUCUUCCUCAAUUUGUUGGCACAUUCAUCAGCUGGAUCAUCUUCAGCAUUCUCGAGCCGGAAAGUACGAAGCGCAAUGAUGCGGCCUCGGACUCGACGUUCUUGGAUCUCGACAAGACCACGCCGAAUGCAAUCUCGAUCUGUCUGUUUAUUGGCGCAAUCAGUGCUCUUGUUGCUGUUGAGGCUACGAGGAAGCUGCGCUUCGUCCUAUGA